AAUCUUCUUCAUCCAAUCCCCUCUUCCCUUCUUCAUUUCAUCUUUGUUUUCACACUUCAAGAGGGGUUUGGUUUUACAGCCCAGAAAACUUCAUGGCUAAGCUUGCUGUUGCUUUCUUCUUGGCUCUCAUUGCCAUAUCCAUGCUUCAAACAAUGGUAAUGGCUUCACAUGGAAGAGGAGGUCACCAUUAUGAUCAGAAACGUUAUGGCCCUGGAAGUCUCAAGAUUAACCAAUGUCCAUCUGAGUGCACAAGGAGAUGUAGCCAGACCCAGUACCAUAAACCAUGCAUGUUCUUCUGCCAGAAAUGUUGCAGGACUUGCCUGUGUGUGCCUCCAGGGUAUUAUGGGAACAAACAAGUUUGCCCUUGCUACAACAACUGGAAGACCAAGGAAGGAGGCCCCAAAUGCCCUUAAAUUUGUUUACUUGGAGGGAACCCUAUCUCUAAGUUUUUUUUUAAUUCAUCUUUUAAGCAUGGAAUUGUGGCACUGUGAUGCUAACUUUAUAUUUAUGAUGUUAGUUGUUGCUGGUGUUUUAUGUACUUUUUUUUGCAAAAUAUGUACCAAUUUGUCACCCCAUUAAAUGAGAGUGGCUAAUCUUUGCUCUAUU